AUGUCCCGGUACCUCGCCUUGGACGUUGCCUUCGAGCCCCUGAGCGGUUGUUUCGACCUGCCUCUCUCUUUGAGGGACUUCCGGAUCGCCGCCAGCUUCCUUGAAGUCAACCUCAGCGAGCGUGUUGCUGGUCUCGUCUACGAUGUGUGUGCUGACACUGCUGGCUGCAACGGAGAGGCCACCCUCUACAGCCUGCAAAAGGUGCUGAGCCGUUACGGACCUCGUGGUUGCGGACAUUGGGGAGUCGCUGCGGAGCAAGCAGCAUCACAGUUGAAGUUCGCCUUUGCUCCAACGUGGUCUAUGAUGCAAGACGAGGGCUCAGCUGGCAGCCGCCGUGGCUCCGUGGAGACCCCGAGCAAAUUGCAGUCGCCGAAGUCGCAGCAGUCGCCGAAGUCCUCUGCUGCGCCGGCCACCCCGCAGGAGGUCAGCAGCCCGCAACUGUCCGGCGCAGCUGCCAAGAUCGCUCGGCGGAUGUCUUGCCGACGGAUGUCCGGCGUCGUGACGCAGGAGCAGGCAACAGACAUCGCGCAGGAGCUGCGGGAGAACAAGGAAGAACAGGCCAAGCGUGAGCAAUCACCGGACAAGGCCGGGCCAGUGUUGCAGCAGUUUUGCCUCUGA